GAGAGAACCAUCGGCUCAGUCGGCGGCGCUGGAGGAGACGAGCUGCGAAGAGCACGGCCCAAAGGAGCACGAAGCUUGCGGCUUGGUGGUCCAGGUGCACGGGAGCCGUGGGACAGAAGGAUUAUGGCUGAACAGCAGUUCUGCCUACGGUGGAACAACUUCCAGGCCAACAUUGUAUCAUCAUUUGAAGCUCUAUUAGACCGGGAAGAGUUUGUGGACGUAACGCUCACUGCUGAGGGGAAAUCGUUAAAGGCACACAGGGUAUUACUAUCAGCAUGCAGCCCAUAUUUCAGAGACUUGUUCAGGGAUCUCCCUGCUCACCAGCAUCCAGUCAUAGUUUUGCGUGAUACAAGUUUUUUAGAAUUAAAAUCCCUACUGAGCUUCAUAUACCAUGGAGAAGUUAAUGUUUCUCAAGAAAGACUGGGCCUCCUUCUCAAGACUGCUGAGGCUCUCAGAAUCAAAGGACUUGCUCAAGACAAGAGAACUAGUGAUAGUGAACAUGUAAGUAUUGAUUUUCUCUGUCAAGAACUUUGA